AUGCAUGACAGUUCCCCUAAAGAUGUUCCUUUUUCAGAUGGUUGGCCACAAUCAUCAUGGAGCGCCGAAAAUAUACCACAAACGUACUCAUACCAACCUGCAUCACAGAAUCCACUCAGCUUUCAUUCGUACACCUCUCAGCCAGGUGUAACAAACUAUCAACAACCAUUCUCAUUCGAUUUCUCGCAUCUUUUCCCGGAUCCAGCCGCCGCUACCGCUACGGCAUCCGCUUACGCCACUGGUGCAGCACAGUUUGCGCAGCAGUUUGCACAACAACUUGCUACUGCUCCGCCUGUCAAUGCUCAGGUGGAUCAGCAAAAUUUGGAAAAAUACAGUCAGUACCUGGAUAUACUGAAAAAUGCCUACGGUAUCCAGCUGCCAGGUGAACUUGGACAAAGUCAAGAGGUUCAGCCACAGUAUCAGCUGUCCUCGUUCCCGUCUUCAACUGUAACAACGUAUCAAAGUGGGGCAGGUUCAUAUCUGUUGACGACAGCGCAACCUAUGCAAGCA